GUGGAAAAAUAUCCUUAACAGAUCGUUGGGCUUAUUUAAAACAAGUUCUUCUCUAUUAUCGUCUAUCAACACUCGAACAAUUAACACGUAUUAAACCUGAACGUGCAAUGGCACAUGAUCAUAUGAUGAUUAUGAUUGAAUUGUUAAUACAAUUAACAACAUGUUUACUUAAAAGUCAACAAGAACAAGAACGUAUAGCAACAAAUAAUUUCCUAUGUGAAUUUAAAGUAUUAAUGCGUCAAAUGUUUUGGAUUGGAAGACAUGAUCCAUCAGUUAUGGAAGAAUCUUUGUAUGAAUUACGACGUCAUGUUUAUGCAAAAGAUAAUCUUGAAAUAGUCGAUCGAUUAAAACAUGAAAAACAAAUGAAUGAGAUGACUAUUGAACGUGAUCAAUUAAAAGAACAAUUUGAAGAAUUAAAAGCAAUUCGUAAUGAACUUGAAAAUGAAUGUACAAUAUUAACAACAUCAAAUGAAAAUGAUAUGAUUGAAUAUACUAAAAAACAAGAAGAAAUAUCUGAUGAACAAUCCAAAUUAAUUGAAUUAACACAAAUUGUUGAACAAAAAGAAAUGGAUAAAAAACAUUUAACUGAUCGUAAUCAAAUAUUAUCCGAUAAACUUUUUGCUCAACAAACAGAUGUCGAAUUACAGCGUCAUGUACGUUCAAAUAGUGAACUUAAACAACAACAUGAAGUUCUUCUUUCAACAUUACUUCUUGAACAACAAUUACAUACAACAACAGCUAAUCAACAUAAACAACUUGUUAAAGAACUUCAAGAUUUACUUGGUAAAUAUCAAGUUUUACUUAGUGCAUAUAAACAUAAAGCACAUCGACCACCUCCAUCAGCUGUUGAUUUUGAUCUCAGUGAUAUAAUUGGUGAUACAGCAUCAAAUAUAAAUAAUGAUUCUGUUCAACAAGCACAAAUAGCAAUUGAAAAUUUAGCAAAAGAAAUAACUGCACAAGAAAUUUUACUUACACAACGUCAUCGUGAUCUUGAACAAGAAUCAAAACAAAAAAUAGAAGAAUUACAAAGUGCUGAACGUGAAUGGAAAUCAGCUGCAAAGCAUGGUCAACGUCGAGCAGCACAACAGAAUGAAUUAAGUCGUUUUCAACAAGAAAUUCGUUUAAUUUCGACGAAAAUUAUCGAUCUUGAACGACGUAUCGAAGAAAAAAAAACAUUAACAAUUGAAUUAAAAAAAGAAUUUGAUCAAAUUAAAUCUGGUAUUAUCGAAUUAUUAUCUCGUUUUGAAACAUUAGAAACCAAUUAUAUUAAUAAAGAAGAUGAACUUCGUUGUCAGUUAGCAUGGUUUAUAUCCGAUCAAACACAAUUAGCUAAAAUCUAUCGACGUGAUGUUGAUGAUUUAAAACGUAUGCAACAAGAACAUAUGUCAAAAUUAGAUAUGAAUUCAAAUAUAAAAUCAUUUGAAGAUCUUAUUCAACAACAAAUUAAUAAAUAUUAUAAUUAUAGAAGUAUUGAUGAUGAUGACGAAGAAGAAGAUGAGGAUAACAAGAAUGAUGAAAAAAUAAUAAAUGAAUCAGAUAAAUUACAUGAAGAACAUGUAUUAUGGUUAAAAAAGAAGAAAAAAGAUGCAAAAAUAAUGGUACCAAUUACAGAACGACUUCAAUUUCAGUUUACAAUGGAUGAAUCUGAUGAAGAUAUUGAUCCACUUGUUGGUCCUGUAGCUGAUCUUAUGGCUGAACAUAAUUUAUCCUCAAUAACAACAACAACAACCAAUAUAACAAAACCAAUAGAAUCUGUUAAAAUUCUCGAUCAAAAACAAAAUUUUCUCGGUUAUUUAUCAUAUUUAAAUCUUCGAUCAUUGUUUCAAGAAAUUUUUAAUUAUUUUCUCGAUAUUCUAUGGUAUCAUUAUCUACAUAAAACUUUUCCAAAAAUCGAUCAAGAAAUUCUUUACAAUUAUCCAUCACUAAAAAAACUAUCUUUUCUUCUUAUCAUCUAUACAAUCCUAACAAUAUCAUUUCCAUUAAUAUUUCAUAUUUUUAUUCUAUUUCUAUUUAUUAUUGAUUUUCUUCUUCCAUUAUACAUCUAUUAUACAUGGUUUAAUUGUUUAAAAAUUCUUCGUCUAUUUUUACAUACUAUUCAAAUCCACCAACAAUGGUUAAUACAUAUUCAUGGUUAUCAAUUAAUUCGUCCAACAUCAUCUUUAUUCGAAAAUCAAUUAUAUCAACUUCGUCGUAAAAUCUUUGAAGAAUUACAAAAACAUUUUUUAUAUUCACGACAAAUAGCUCAACAAUAUUCAAAUCAAACCGAACAAUUUAUAUGUUAUAUUAAUCUCGAAGAAUUUGGACCAUUAAUAAAAUUAAAUUCCAUUGAACUCGAUCAGUUAACAAAUCAAUAUGAUCAAAUAUCAAUAAAUUCAAUAUUAAAACUAUGUCAUUUACAGAUUAAUGAAUGUAUACAAUUGAUAAAUCUAAAUCGCCCGAAAUCUUAUUGGAUAUUUAAUAAUUAUAAAAAUAUUCUAUUAGAAUCGAUAAAAAUUCUAAAUAAAACUAAACAAAAUUGUUCAAUCAUGAUUGAUUAUACGGAUGAUUUAGAAAAGAAUUUAUUAUCAAAAAAAUUUCUUUCAUCAUAUUUUCUUCUUCGAUCAAAUUGUGAACAAUUAUUUAAUAUAAAUGAAAAUAAUAGUGAACAAUUAAAACGUAUUAUACAAGAUCUUAAAACAGUGAUUUGUACACUUGAAGCAAUGCAAUUAAAACCAAUACAUAAAUUAGAUGAAAAAAUGAACGAAGAAAUUUUAUUUAAAGAAAAUAAUUUAUCAAAUAUAACGAGUUAUCAUCGGUUUGAUGAUCGAAUAGAAGAAUUAGAAGAUGAAAUUCUUGUAUGUGAUACGGGAAAAUCUGAUGAGAAUGAAAUCAAUAAGAAUUUCUUAGAUAUUGAUGAUUAUGAUAAGAGACUAUUGCGUGAACAAACAAAUUGUCUUAUGAAAGAACUUCAAACAGCUAUUCAAGGAAAAAAACAAGAAUGGAAUGAACGUGAACAACGUUUAUUAGGUCAUUUAGAAAAUGAUGAUAAAGAAGAAGAAGAAGAGAUUGAACAAGAUGAUAAAAAACAAAUUAUUGAUGAACAACAAACAUUUGAAAAAUUAUCUUCAACAACAAGUACAAUAUCAAUGUUAGAUGAGCUUAAGCAUACAUUUGUAUUGAAUAGAAAUAAACUAAAUAUUGAUGAAGAUAUAUUCGGAGAGGAUGAAAUAGAGAAUUUCGGUGAUGAUGAUGAUGAUGAUGAUGACGAAUAA